AGCAACAACUUUUUGCGUCUAAUAACGGCAAUUUAAUGAAGGAAAUUUGAAUUUUAAUCUGGGACCUUUACGUUUGUUGAAAAAUCUAUUUGUUGUCGUGAGUCAGUGUGUCUGUAUAACGGAUUAAAGUGUCGUCAUGGAUGUUUGAUUAGCGAGAGAGGAGAAAUUCAAACUGUAUUUGCAUAUGAAAGGGGUUUGAGCAACGAUUAGUAUGAUUUGAUGCAAAUUAUAACAGUAAUGGGAAUACAUCUGGUUGCACUAGAUAUUCGGAAUACCACCUUGUAACUCGUACAUGUGGUGGCAGUGGUUGUGUAUGUAUCACCAAUGGGAGUUCAAUAUUUGAUUGAUGGAGAAGGAAAUUGUGUUAUAUAUCAAUAUUGAUACUUUCAGCCCCGGGGCCGUUUCGGCACACUUGUAAUUUUGCUAAUUUAACUUGCAUGACUUGAUUGUUAACUUAAUUGCUGACCAGUGCCUUUGGUCAUUUAGGGAGGAGGAAGUGUUUAAACAUUGGGUGAUUACACAUUAAACAUAACCGGUGGUCUUCCAGUCUUUGUGGAUUGACAAUUGGGAAUAAUUCUCUGUCGCAAUCUAAUUAUAUAUCAGCAGCACUGAAUAGCUUGACAUUAAAUGAUUAACGUGUAAAGUGCAGUAAGUUUUCAUGUUUGGAAGUGAUACUUCAGAAGUUAUUGAAAAUACUCUUGUUAACGUGAUUGGGAUUUUUACUUUUUUGUCGUAAACUUUUAAGUUGAUGAAUAAUACAUAAUUGUCGACAUUUGGUAGGCGAGAGCGUCAUAGAAAACGGCCCGUUGCUGUGAAUGCCAUUGAAGAAAAUUGCCAUAAUUAUAGUAAACUAGUGAGUGUAAGGACAAACAGUGUGGGCCAAUCUCAAUUCAAAUAAGAUUGUUGUAGUUAACAGUUGGAUUUGCUGAAGGUCUCUUGUUUUUACAGUCUGUGUGUGUGUUGUAUUACUUUCAACUUCUGUACUUUGAAUCUCGUGGGUUUUUCCCCGUAUAUGGUGGCGACUUAAUGAAUAUUUGAGCGUAGUUCAGGACUAAAUUGGGAGAGGAUAGGGACAAUAUUGAAUAGAAGCAAAUAAAGGAAAUAAUAGAGGAGUUUAUUGGCAGGGAAUUGCGCCUGUCUCCACUGUGAAAUCCACUUGUGGGACCCCAGAAACAUCUGUAGGUUGAUGAGCGAUGUAUUGAGUGAUUGCAUACUGAUCUUUGUAGCUGAUACAUUGUUGCGCUUUGCCUAAUACAUGUACGUAUUGUUUGUUAACUGUCGGAGCAUGACGUGUGCUUUAAUGGAAAUUAUUGAACACUAAGCAGGUCUUAUGGUCCCAGAGGUGUUGCAUAUUCAGUGCCCGAUAUUAUUUUGUAUUGCUGUUCCGCUUCAGACGUUUUAGAAGUCAGCUGAUUUUCCUGGGAAACUUGGUGACAAAUCGCGUAAAAAAUUCAUGGUACAUUUCUGAGUUGAAUGGUUGUUCUCCAGAGUGAGCUAUGCUAGAACUAUAGAGGAAGCUUUACUGAGCAAUCGGAUUAUAUGUGGAAUUAAAUCAUUGGAACAUUGAAUAUUUACAUUGAACAGUUUCUUUGAAGUUCGACACUAUUAACAGCUGAUCUGAUAAUCUGCUGAUUACUCAAAUUACCUUGUACAUGUAUACAAACAAAGCAUACAUUGUUAUCAUCUAGUAUAUUGCAUUAUAGUGCUUCGUAGCACAUUUUUAUAUCAAUUCGAACUUUGCUACUGACGGAGAGUUUCACAACUCCGUCUCCGCUACAUCGAUGAUUGAAGCACAGAACCUGACGGAUUUCCUGACUGAACAGUUCUACGUGCAAUCACCAGCAGUUCAGUCAGUCCCGCAAUUCACGAAAUUCGCUGCCGCCCCCUCCAGCGCCCUCACGAUCAACACCGGUCUUGCUGGUCUCGUAGCCUCGCCCCAGAUUGCUGCCCAGGCGCCCACACUCAAGGCCGUUAGUUCGAUACCCACAUCUCGAAGGUUCCUUGGACCAGGGCUCACCAGAAUGCAUCCAUAUUACUACGUGCAGUACGUACCCCUGGACCUGAAACAGAAUCUGGAGAUGAAAGUAAACUGGGCCACAUCACCUAGCAACGUACCCAAACAGGACACAAGCAAGCAUUUCCACAUCUUCGUAGGAGACCUGAGUCCAGACAUUGAGACACAUCAGCUUAAAGGUGCCUUCGGGGUGUUUGGAGAAAUUUCAGAUUGCAAGAUUAUCCGUGAUCCACAGUCCUUAAAAUCCAAGGGAUAUGGUUUUGUGUCUUUUGUCAACAAACAGGAUGCAGAAUCCGCGAUAUCAAAUAUGAACGGGCAAUGGCUCGGUAGUCGACCAAUACGCACAAACUGGGCAACCCGUAAACCCCCAGCCCCUCCUACAAAAGAAAACAUCAAGCAGUUGAACUUCGAUGAGGUGAUGGGUCAGUCCAGUCCCACCAACUGCACAGUGUACUGCGGAGGCAUUCUCCAAGGCUUGACAGAGGAUCUCAUCAGGAAAACAUUUAUUUCCUAUGGUACUAUACAAGAAAUCAGAGUCUUCAAAGACAAGGGAUAUGCUUUCAUUAGGUUCAACAACAAGGAGAGUGCAGGCCAGGCUAUUUGCGGGGUGCAUGGUCAGGUUGUCGGAGAACAACAGGUGAAGUGCAGCUGGGGUAAGGAGAGCAACGACGGGCAGGGGACGGCAACCUCCACACCACAGGGCAUGAUGGGCAGUCAGUCUCCUCAAACCCAGUUCAACGGUAACGGGAUGUAUGGUAACUACGGUAUGAGCUAUGGCAACUAUUACCCUGGCUACAGUGGCCAGCAGAGCUACAACAUGCAAGGCGGUUACGGCGCUGGCUAUGGAUACCAAUACGGGAGUAUGCCGGUGCAGGGUCAGUGGGGCAUGCAGAUGCAGCCCGGUCAGGCAGCCCCAGCGUAUGGGCAGGGCGGAUAUCAGAUGGGGGUCUCGAGCCCAGUCACUCUGAUACGCCCCGCCCCUUGAUUCUUACACACCACGGACCAAUGACAACGAGCGAAGGACGACACAAGGACCCCUUCAGAAGAUUCCAAGCACAGUGAUGAUCAUAGCGACCAGCCGCAGCGGAAGAAAAUGCGCAAAAGUUACGAAUAUGAAGGCAGUUACUAACCAGUUACCCUCGCAAGCUUCUACGUGUACAUAGCAUUAUAGCCUCAUUCUCCUCUAGCCUGCGUAGCUUAGCAAAUCUCUUCUGGCAUCGCGCUAGUUCUAAAAGAAAUAUUAAAUAACCUUGAUGGUUAAAAUUAGUCAUUGUCACAUAUUUAUUACCAGUGCUCUUUUCAUCGGGGGGGGGGGGGGGAUAUGGGCUACAGAUUUCAUCAUUCAAAUAAAAACUCAACCUAGAUACAAAUGCUGGUACACGGAGGCUUUCAUACUGUACCUGGGAUAUUUACUACUUCUUUGCUGCCAUUUAAGUGAAAUUCAAGACCUUUGCUGCCGUUUAAGUGAAAUCCAAGACAAUGGUGGCUGAGAAUUCACAGAUUUCAGUUCUUUCGCUAUUAAUGUGCUCAGUUUAGGUUGAAAACUGCGGUCUUGUCCUAAUGUGAUCUUCUGAGGGUGUGGACCGAGAGGUCUACAUCACUGACACCUUGUGUUGUUCUUAUUGUAAAGACUUCUGUAUUUGGUGCAAUGGGUUGUGGACUUGGGUCAUGUAAACUUCAAGCUGUCCCAUAAGCUAUCUUACAAAAUAAAAUAAUUGAACAAUAGCUAAUUAAUUUCAUGGUUUUAACUUGGAAUAUCAUGAAAGUGCAAAUUUAAGCACAAAACUGAGAGCUUCAUGUUAGGUCCUAUUAUAUAAAAAAAAUGAAAAUUUUAAGUUGUUACAAAUAUUGUAUUACGUUUUUUUAUUUAAAAUACAAAAAUGUCUUGCUAAAUGGUGAGAUAUACUAACACAGCUUGGAAGUAUGUAUGUUUAUAUGAUUAGGUACUUCAACUUAUUUUGCAUCCAAAAAAUAUGUUUACUGAAUUGUCAUUCCUGCAAUUUGGAUUCAACAGUUUCUGAUUCGGAGGAAUGUCGUUUCCAUAGUAGCCAUCUCAUGUUACCAUGGUUAUGGUGGUGGGAGGGGCAAAGGAUAACCAACAUUAACUCAUCUGUACAUAGGCUGUUCAUCAAGUGUGUAUGUGUGAAAAUAUAUGUAUUAAAUUAUAUUCUGGAUGCAAUUGAUGUGUACUGAAAACUGAAUGGUUGGUAAGAAAUACCAAGAAAAAACAUAGUAACAGCUGAUUAUGUAAUAUAGCAAUUUGAAAAAAUGUGUUGCAUUUUUAGUCAGAUUUUCAUGUGAUGUGUUUUCAUUGUUGAUGUUUCUCUGAAUUCAUGUAGGGAACACGUGUUAACAGAUGUUGAAUAUUUUACAAUGAUUUUUAUAAUGUGCUUGUAAUUAUGGAAUGUGAGUUGUGCUUUUGUCAUUUGAGAUGAUGCAUCAUUGUAAGUUGAUGUUUUGUAAUGAGAUCAUCCAAUAUUGAAUUUGCCUGUUGUUGUAAUGUUUUCCAUGUGUUGUUAGUCUUAAAUAACCAUUUCCUCAUUUUGGGUAAAACUGCUCUCUGUAAAGUUAUAAUUCUUCUUGCUUUGUGCAUUACAAAAAAACAGUGGUUUUGUACAGUAAUCGAACUGGCUUGAAAUAAUAAACAACUAAAAUCGUUUGAUGUAUUGUUUCAUGAGAGUAGCUUUUAUUAAAGGAUUCUAACAUGAACAAUGUUCCACCACCCUGCCAGAUUACCAACAUGUUCACAAGAUAUCCCUCUAAUCACGUACAUAUGCUAAAAAUCGUGGCAACUAUAUUGUGUUUAAAGUUGUUUCUUGCUCAAAACAAAAGCUAUGUCAACAUGUUUAGAGGAAAGGUCUAGUGAUUAACAAUUGUGUUUGCUUUGUUACUUCAUAUUCUUCGUCUGACAGUUCAGUUGCCAUAUACAAAUUCAAAUUAAAAUUGCAUUUGAAACAUUUUAUUUAAUCAUGUAUUGUUUCAAGUCUGUAAUGUCAAACCUUCAUAUCUGUAAAGUCCAGCCUUUAUGCCUGAUAAAUUCAGCCGUUUGUAACAAACUAUAAGCCACAGCAACAUUUAUUUGCCUAAGCGGUUCUUGUCAUGUAUAAAAGUAUUUUACAUAAAUGUCACCAGAUAUGUUUAAUAUUAUGGUAUGCAAAUUUAACGUCUCAAUUGUGUAUGUUUUAUAUUAGAAAUGAAAUUACCACCUAGAAAAGAGGUACACUUUUGGCUUAACUAUUUAUUGAUUUUCUUGAAAUUAUUUAAGUUGUGUGCAUAAAAACAUAUAGUUUUAAGCAAUCAAUAAAUAACAAGUUUCCUUUAUUUAAAAAAUCUACUAAAUUAAAAAAAAAACAUGCAUAGAAAGAGGGCUACUGGCAAUCUCAAAUUCGAGAGAGGUUUGUUGUCUAACUUGAAAAAUAUUUUUCUUGUUCUAAAUUGUUUUACAUGGAUUGUUUAGAACUUGACCGUUAUCCAUACUGUUGUAUUGUUCAUGUGACGUAGACUGUGGGUGUGAUGGUGUUUUAAACAGUUGUACAGUGUUUUGUAUAUAGACAUUAAUAAAUAUAUAUGUGUAUAAUUUCUGGAAAUUCAAGUGUGUAGAAUAUUGUCAAUUGUAUUGUUCAUUGUUGUGUCUGGACUGUGCCAGGGGCUUUACAAGUCUUACUUUUCCAAAACGAGACAAUAGUUUUUAGAGUAUCUAGCAAUUCAGUUUGCAAUGAACAACAUUUGCAUUACAUUUAGCUAAGGAAGAAAAACCAGAUCCAUAUCCAUAAUACUGUGAGAAGCUUUAUUAUUUAUUUGUGUGAUGGACAAAAAUUCAUUAAUUCAAUAAUUACCUGUAAGUCUAAUUAUGCAAUUGAUUUUUUAAAUGUUAAAUAAUCAUGCAUUUAAUUUUUGUUAACCCACAAAUAAAGAGAAACAGUCCAGACAGACGCCAUGUUGUCUGGUUGUAUGAAUCAUUCCAGAGGCUGCCACGUAGCUUUGUGCAUUUUACAAACCUGUUACAUUUUAUGUUAAUUUUAAGUUUGCACAUGUGACAAGAAAAUUAAACAUUGUGCUGUUGACUUUAUGUGGAAUAGUUUUCAUGUAUUUAAAUAAGAUUUAAGUGAUGAAUGUUUUUGAAAAUUGCCGUUACCCAUAAUGGUUUUGUGUUAAAAAAAUGAUUGUGUACAGCCAAUAUUGUACUGUUUAAAUGUUAAAUAACGGUACCAGAUUUUAAUUGGUCAAUAUUUCGGAGUACAAAUUCUGGUAGCAAUUUUAUUGAACUAUAUGAAUGGUUUUUCAUGCAGGGAACAGGUUUUAUUUGCUGUUUGUUGAUCAAUCGUUUAGGGGAAAAAGUACAAUUUAAAAUUGUUGUUCAUAACUAAACAUUAAACCAAGUAUUUGUUUUAAAAAGCACUUAUGUAAACAAAUGUUCCAACGAAAGAACAAUGAAAAUUGAAACAUGUGUUGUACGUGUAUCAACAAAUGAAUAAUUCAAUUUUAGUUGUCAAUGAGAUCUUGGGAAAUAGAAGUCAUGUUUUGCCAUAAACUGUAUUAUUUAUCGAGCUUGUCUCAGAUAUAUACAAAGUUGUUGUCAACAUUGUUACCAUCCAUUUUCUGUGUGUGUGUUAGACCUGUUGAUAUGGAGAAAAAAAUACAGAGACCAAUUAUGUUAGUUGGGUUUUAUGACAGGCUCAGAAGAAAAUCAGAUGUGUGAGAUGGUCGGUGUGCAAGUGUCUUCUUAAGUUUGAAAUCCUCGUCAUGUUGUGUAAUGUGUCACGUCUAUCUUCUGGUCAUUUUGUCAUCCAAUCUAUGGCUCAAAUCUUGUACAAAUACUGUUUGGAAAUCAUGGUUAUUGUAUAUGAAGGAAUAAAUGCAGAUAGUGUGAUCUUCA